AUGGCGGCGUACGGUCCGCACCUCCCGUCUGAGGAGGACGCUCCCGAGCGUCUGCCGUGUCGGGAGUCAGGCCAGCUGACGGGCCACGAGGGCGCCGUGCUGGCCGUGCGCUUCAAUCGCCAAGGCACGUACAUUUUGUCCUGCGGGAAAGAUCAGACUGUUCGACUCUGGAACCCACACCGACAACUCCUCAUAAAGACAUACACAGGGCAUGGAUACGAGGUCCGAGAUACUGCAGUGCUGCGGGACAACAGCCAGUUCGCCACAGUCGGGGGAGACAGGGAGAUUUUCCUGUGGGAUGUUGGGUCUGGAAGGAUCAUCAGACGGUUCAGGGGCCAUGAAAAGAUGGCAAACGCUGUUGAGUUUGGGCCAGAUGAUGCAACGCUUGUGACUGCUGGUUACGACCAGUGCGUCAAAGUUUGGGACUGCCGCGCCCGCACCUACGAUGCACUGCAAACCAUGAAAGCAUUCAAGGACAGUGUAACUUGCUUGCAAGUCACAUCAGCGCCAGAUAUCAUCGCCGGGAGUGUCGAUGGGACAGUUCGAAGAUUCGACAUUCGAGCGGGCCGAAUGUACACGGACGACCUCCACAACCCAGUCACUGGCAUCGCGGUGUCAGGCGACGAGCAGUGCAUUCUGGCCAGCUGCAUGGCAGACAGAAUUCUGCUGAUCGACAAGUCGUCAGGCCAGCUGCUGGAAACGUAUCGGGGACACAAGCACAGGGCGUACAAAGUGGAGUGCUGCUUUACACCGUCCGAUGCAGCCAUCGUUGGGGCAUCCGAAGAUGGGCAAGUGCUGUAUUGGGAUCUUGUGGACGCCAAGGUGAUUCGCCGCUUCACAGCUCACGAUGGCGUCAUCUGCUCUAUUGCUAUGCACCCAGAGGGGACCUCUCUCGUGACAUCAUCAACUGGAGGAGACAUUAAAGUGUGGACAUAG